CUUAAAUACAUUCAUGUUUGAGGAACCCUAGAAGCAGUGGGGCGAUGGCGCUGUGUUUCUGACCGAUUGUGAGCUGGAUUCGUCCAUGGGAUGCGCCAGUAGAGCCUCCAAAUCAGGGCACUGUAAGCCUCCAUUCCGAUUGUUUGGUGGAAAGAUCCAUAGUGCUAGCGUGAUUCCAAGGCAUUCAUCGGUAUCAGCGGCUCCCGCGAGGAGCUUGAGGAAUUCGAUGGUGUCUGAAGUAGCUGUGGUGAAAUCUCCUUCCGACAAGCGAGACUACGAGAUCGUUCACUUGAGGAAUGGCCUGUCGGCGCUCCUCAUUCACGACUCGGAGAUCAAACACUCGGUGGCGAGCGUCGAGAAAGCUCCUUUAGCGGCUUCCAGCGAAGAAUCGGACUAUGACGACGACGAAGACGACGAAGAAGAUGACGAAGAAGAAGAGGAGGAGGAGGAUAUGGCUCGAGACGAGGUUCCAGAAGAUGGAAAAAAGCGGGGUGGCAUGGCUCAAGCGAAGAAGGCAGCUGCUGCUAUGUGCGUGAGUGUGGGAAGUUUUUCCGAUCCCAAAGAUGCUGAAGGACUGGCGCACUUUCUCGAACACAUGCUUUUUAUGGGGAGCUCAAAGUUUCCAGAUGAGAACGAGUACGCUGGAUUUUUGGCCGAACACGGUGGGUCUUCGAACGCGUUUACGGAGAUGGAGUAUACGUGUUACCAUUUUGACGUGAAUCACAUGUAUCUAAAGCCCGCUUUAGAGAGAUUCUCGCAAUUCUUUAUUUCUCCUCUGGUAAAAGGGGACUCGAUUGAACGCGAAGUUCAAGCAGUCGACUCAGAGUUUGUGCAGGCUUUGCAAAAUGAUGGCUGCCGGUUGAAUCAGCUGAAAUGCCACACAGCUGAUCUUCGACAUCCCUAUAACCGCUUUUCUUGGGGAAAUGCCAAAAGCUUAGGCGAAGCUAUAACAAAGUGUACUGACAUUCGUCAAAAGCUCAUCGAAUUUUACAAGCAACAUUAUCUGGCAAAUCGUAUGAAGCUUGUUGUUCUUGGAGGAGAACCCUUGGCCACACUCAAGGAGUGGGUAACAGAAUUGUUUGAAGACAUUCCGGAAGGCAGCAGCAAGCCGCAACGUUUUUCCUGGAAUGGGCCUGUUUGGCCUGCAGGGAAAAUCUAUCAUGUGGAAUCAGUUAAAGAUCAGCAUCGACUUAUAUUGAGCUGGGUCAUGCCAUGCUUGCACACCGAGUAUCUGAAGAAACCUCAUGACUACCUCUCUCAUCUAAUUGGACACGAGGGAAAGGGAAGCUUGCUGCAGUUUCUAAAAGCAAAUGGCUGGGCCACAGAUUUAGCUGCGGGUGUCAGCGAGGAUGAUUUUGAAAAGAGUACUGCUGGCUAUCUUUUCUCAGUCUGUAUUAACUUGACAGUCUCCGGCUUGGGCAAGAUCCACGAAAUUGUAGGAAAGUUUUUCGAGUUUGUUAAAUUGCUUCGGGAUAGUAAGCCUCAGGAGUGGAUUUUUGAAGAGCUUCACGCAGUUUCGGCCAUGGAUUUUAGAUUUGUGGAAGAAGAACCAGCAGAUGAUUACGUCUCCACUCUUGCAAAGAAUAUGCACCUAUUUCCAGAGCACCAUGUUAUUUAUGGUGAUUAUGCUCAUGACCAGUGGGAUCCCAAGCUGGCAGAAGAGCUUCUGAACUAUUUGAGCCCCAUGACGAUGCGAGUUGAUAUUGUUACGAAAUCAUUCAACAAAGACGCACCAGAUGUGGUGUUCGAGCCCUGGUUUGGAACACCUUACGUCGUGAACGAAGCACCGAAAGAUCUACUCAACGGUUGGCUUAAUCCACUGGCUGUAAACGAUGCAUUACACCUCCCGGCUGUCAAUGAGUUUAUAUCUCGUGACUUUAGCAUCAAGUCCGCUGAUGACUCCAACGUGCUGCCCGUUGUUAUCGCAGAGGACUCGUCAGUGAAGGUCUGGCACAAGCUGGAUCGGACGUUUCAAACUCCUCGAGCGAAUGUGUUUAUGAAACUCUCUUGCCGAAUGGACGGUCUGCGCUCCGAGGUGCUAACAAGCUUGUAUACGUUGCUUCUAAAGGAUGCUCUAAACGAGACCAUAUACAUGGCAACUGUCGCUGGUUUGUCCUCUUCAGUGGUGGCAAACAUACAUAAUAUCGAGUUUAAGGUGCAUGGCUACAAUGAGAAGCUAGGCGUCCUUGCCCAGCAAAUAUGUCAACUAUUGAAGGCGUUAGUACCCGCGAAUGAUCGUUUCGAGGUCGCCAAAGAGCAGUAUGAACGACUCUGCCGAAAUGCCAGAGUAAAGCCCAUGACUCACUCAGCAGCUCUUAGAGUUCAAAUCCUUAGAAUGGGAAGCUGGAGCGAAGAGGAAAGGCUGGCGUAUCUCUCAACAUUGAGCGCUGAAGAUGUCCGUAAUUUCAUUCCCCAGCUUUUCAGAGAGGCACACGUGGAAGCUCUUUGCCAUGGCAACCUUACGAAAGAAGAGGCGCUUGAUAUUGUGAAUGUCGUGAAAAGUACGGUGGUGACUGUACCAAUGCUAGAAGAAACGAUGCCAAAGAUAAGGAUUGUGAAAAUCCCUUCUCAGACCGACUUUGCGUAUAAUGUCCCGGUUGUGAACCCAUUGGAAGAAAACUCUGUUGCUGAGCUGUAUUUUCAAAUGGGAUUGGAUCUGGGAGCCGAGUCUGUCCGUGAACACGUUCUCGGUGAUCUUUUUGAACAUAUGGUUUACGAGCCAUUCUUCAACCAGCUGAGGACGAUUGAACAACUAGGAUACAGAGUUGAUUGCGGAACGCGUUACACCUAUGGUGUAUUGGGAUUUUGCUUCCGGAUUAUGUCAUCCAAGUACAGCCCCACGCACAUCCACAAGCGAAUUGAGGACUUCAUCGAUAAGCUGCAAAAGACUCUGGAUGAUAUGUCGGAGGAAGUGUUUGAUAACUACAAAAACUGCCUGAUAGCAGAAAAGAUGGAGAAAGACAAGUGCUUGAGUGACGAAACUGACCGCCACUGGGGGCACGUACUGGACCAAAGGUACUUGUUUGAUGCUCAUGAGAAAGAGGCAGUGGCCCUCAAGGACAUCAAGAAAGAGGACGUGGUGGAGUGGUACAAGCAGCACAUAAGAGCUGGCGGAUCCAUGCGGCGAAGCUUGUGCAUCCACGUCUGGGGGUGUCAGUUCAAGGACGAGAUGCAGAAGAACAAGAACAAGAGGAACAAGAGGACACCUUACAGGCUGAUCGAGGAUAUAGACGAGUUUAAGAACAAGGCGGAGUUAUAUCCUCCAUUUCCAUGAUCCAGGUACUGGAAAAUUCUCAAUUGCAAAACCAGUUUUUCCAAA